AUGAUGGAUGCUACACCAGAUAGAAGAAAAGAACGUUUGCAAAUGACGGAAGCCAGAAGACUGAAACUGAAAGAAUACAGGGCCUUUCAGGAAUUCCUGAAGAAUGUUUGCAGCGUGGAGAUGUGGUUAAAACAAAAGCUUCAGAUAGCGGCAGAUGAGAGCUAUAGGGAACCUCAUAACCUGGAAAGAGAAAUCCAGAAGCAUUCUACAUUUGAGGCAGAGGUUAUGGACAGCGAUGAAAGAGUGCAAAGCGUAAUAAACGACGGACAAGUGUUACUACAUUCGAAUCACUAUGCCAAAGAUGGAAUAGUCAUAAGGCUGGAGGAAAUCAAAGAGGAUUGGAAGAGACUGAUGGAACUCAAGCAGAUCAAACGGGAAAAGCUGAACGAGGCAUAUCAAGCACUGCUCUUCAGGAGGUCCGUCGAAGAGUUUGAGGUUUGGCUAGGUGAAAUUGAGAUUCAAGUUAGUAACGAUUUCGGAAACGAUUUGGCUUCAGACAACAACAUCCUAAGAUGUCAACCCGCUUUGGAAAAUGACUACCGACAGCACCUAGAAAACUACGAGAGCAUCAACGAGAUAGAUGAGGAGGUACAGUGGUUGAGCGACAGGAAAUCGCUGGCAGCGUCUUUGGACCUGGGUAUCAGUCUUACCGUGGUCCAGAGCUUACAGAAAAAGUAUCGGACGCUGGAGGUCGAGCUGAACUCGAAGGAACACAUCGUGAAAAGUUUGAUGGAUAGGGCGGUCAACAUGAUGAGAUCCGGUCAUGAGUUCUCCAAUGAUAUCAGUGCGAAGGUGAAGGAAUUGGAGAAUCGAUUUGUGAUGGUAAAGGAUAUGACCAGUCUGAAGAUGUUGAGGUUGCAAGAUUCCCUGGAAUCGGAAAAGUUUUACGAGGAGAGUUCAGAAGUUGAGGCCUGGAUUUAUGACAAGUUGUCGGCUCUGGCAACAAGUGAGGUUGGUAGAGAUGAGAUUUCCAUUCAGAUGUUGCAGGGAGAGCUGAGUAUAAUAACUGCUGAAGUUGAAGCUUACCAGGAAACGAUCGAUAAAUUAUCUCAGAGGUGUAGCAAUCUUGUGAAAAGAGAGCACUACGAUGCAGAUAACAUCAAGAAAAGAGAGGAAGAAAUAGUGCAAGAUAACAUCAAGAAAAGAGAGGAAGAAAUAGUGCAAGAUAACAUCAAGAAAAGAGAGGAAGAAAUAGUGCAAGAUAACAUCAAGAAAAGAGAGGAAGAAAUAGUGCAAGAGUACAAGAAGUUACGUCAGCUAGUGGCUCAGAGGGAAGUAUCCCUCUCUGAAGCCUUCCAGUAUUUCGGAUUCCUCCAAGAGUGCACCAAGCUCCAAGAAUGGAUCAAGGACCAGAUGACCAAUUCCAAAAUUGAAAAGCAUGGAGUUGAUGUCGAGCAUGCGGAACUUCUAAUUCAUGCCUUCGACACUUUUUACGCUAGUUUAAUGAAUAGCGAGGCAAGGCUCCAAUCAUGUUUAAUCAGUGGAAAUGCUCUGAUAAAAGCUAAAUGCAGAUAUAGCGCCAAGAUCCAGGAGAAGAUGAUUGAGGUCCAGACUCAAUGGAAGGACCUCUUGGAGCUGGUAAACGGUCUGAAUGAACUCUUGGUCGGAGCAAAACAGGUGCAUAUGUUCGAUAGAAGAGCUGAAGAAAUAAUCUCUUGGAUAAGCGAGAAAGAGGUUGACUUAUGCUACGAUACCAAUAGUCAAGACUCGGAAAGUAACCAAGAUUUGCUCAGAAAACCUCAGACUUUCGAAGGCGGGUUGGAAGUGAUCGAGGACAAGGCGAACUUUAGAGAGCAAGAGGCCAAGAAACUUGUCGAGGAAUUCCCAGAAACCAAUGAGCACAUUGACAGCAAGAGGGAAGAUACGCUGGAAGCUUACAAAUAUCUUGCUGUGUGCGCAGAGAGGAAGAAAUAUAACUUGCAGCAAUUGGAACCAUCCCAGGUUUAUAUUGACCAAGACAUUGCCGAGAAGAUCAAAAUCCUGAAGCUUGGAUUAGGGACUUGGAAGAAGCGAAAGGAUAUCUGCGAUCAGAACCUGGACGUUCAUUUAUUCAAGAAGGAGGUGUCCGUAUUCGUGAAUUGGCUGAUAACGAGGGACGACGCUCUCAAGGAAGAGAAACUGGAAGAUCUGAUCGGGAGGUAUUGCGACUUUGAGGAGAGGAUCAAAGUUCAAGAGAAGACUGUUAGAAGGUACCGGAAGCACCGGGAGCUGGAUAGAAAGAUCGAGACGCUUCUAGAGAGAUGCGAGCGGUAUAUAACCAUUCGAAGCCGCAGAGCAGGGCAGUGCGAAAGAAUCGGCGGUCAGUGCCGUACACUCAAUUAG